UUCGAUUAUAUUCACUAUUGUCGUCAUUCGUCGCCUCUCUUAUCUUCGGCAGGAGGAUCAGUCGACCAGGUACGACAAGAAUAAUAGACAUACCUAACUAUCUAAUAUCGAUGCUUCUCAGCCCGCGUACCUUAAUCCAAGGUGGAUUGAUUCAUCUUAGCGGUUUCCCCGAGAGGCGACAGAAGAGUCCGCUUAUAAGAAGCUAGAGUCCUGGACGGAUCCGAGUUUUGGUGACUCAAUCGAACCGUGUUCCGGUGGAGACAGUACUGGCGGCGAGCUUCCUUUUUCCUUCUUUUCCGCAAUUUGACUUUUUGCGCCCUUUCCCGACCCUAGAACUUGUACGUCUGACACUCCUAUCUUGAGGACACGAACAUCCUCAACAUUGGGGCCACUGAGGGUCUAACAUGGCCUUCGGGAACAAGGUCAACUGCACGUCCGCCGAGGGGGAAAAGGGCAAGAUGGUGCCUGAAGAGACCGUCCAAGUUCAGUCCAUGAACCCUUCAUCGGACUUGAAUGACAUCGAUUGUGAGAAGCAUGGCGCCAGUCGCGAGUCGAACCCGAUGCCAGAUCUCAAGCGGAAGCUGAAAAGCAGACACCUGCAAAUGAUUGCCAUUGGUGGUACCAUCGGUACCGGUCUGUUCAUUGGUAGUGGUACUGCUGUUGCCGAGGGAGGUCCUGUUGGUGCCCUCAUCGCCUACAUCUUUGUCGGUACGAUCGUCUAUUCGGUUAUGACAUCCUUAGGGGAAAUCGCGACCUACAUCCCGAUUCCCGGAGCGUUCACGGCCUACGCUGCCCGUCUAGUGGACCCUAGUCUUGGCUUUGCUAUGGGUUGGAUCUAUUGGUUUUCCUGGGCUAGCACCUUCGCACUCGAGUUGACAGCAACCGGAUUGAUCAUUCAAUUCUGGGAUGAUUCAAUCAAUAUCGCCAUAUUCAUCGCCAUAUUCUGGGUCGUGAUCACACUGUUAAAUUUCCUGCCUGUCAGCUUCUACGGCGAGUUGGAGUUUUGGCUCUCAAGCAUCAAGGUCAUAACCGUUGUUGGCUUUAUGAUUUUUGCAAUCUGCAUUGACGCCGGCGCCGGUGACGAAGGCUACCUCGGAUUCCACUAUUGGGUCCACCCCGGGCCGUUUGCUCCUUAUUCAGGCGUCCACCCUGAUUCGUUGGCAAAGUUCGUUGGAUUCUGGUCAGUCCUUAUCCAGGCUGGCUUCUCAUACCAAGGAACGGAGUUGGUCGGUAUCGCCGCGGCCGAGACAGAAAACCCUCGCAAAACGGUUCCUGCGGCUAUUCGGAAGACUUUCUAUCGCAUUCUGUUCUUCUUCGUCCUGACCAUCUUCUUUAUCGGUAUCCUGGUGCCCUACACCAACGAGAACCUUCUGACGGAUGGAAACGACGCCAACUCGUCACCGUUUGUCAUUGCGGCCAGGCUUGCAGGGGUCAAAGUCCUGCCCCAUAUCAUUAACGCCGUUCUCUUGACUGUGGUGCUUUCUGCCGCCAAUUCGAAUGUUUACAGUGGUAGUCGUAUCUUACUUGGUUUGGCUCAGGAGGGGUUUGCCCCGCGCUGGUUCAAGAAGACUAGCAAGAAUGGUGUGCCUUACUUCAGCGUCGCCUUCACGGCAGCAUUUGGUCUGCUUGGCUUCAUGAAUGUCUCCAACGCCGGUAGCACUGUGUUCAACUGGCUUGUCAACAUCGCGGGUGUGGCAGGAUUCAUUACUUGGGCGUCGUUGAACGGCUGCCAUCUUGCUUUCAUGCGUGCCCUGAAGGCUCGCAACAUCUCUCGUGAUACCCUUCCGUAUAAAGCCAUCUGGCAGCCGUACUAUUCUUGGUAUGGGCUUUUCUUCAACGUCCUAAUCAUCAUUACACAAGGUUUCACAUCCUUCAUCACCAGCUUCAACGUCACAGACUUCUUCAUUGCUUACAUCAGCUUAAUCCUCUUCGUGGUGCUCUACAUUGGCCACAAGGUCUACUUCCGGACAUCCUUUGUCCACCCACUUGAAGCCGACAUCGAUACAGGCCGCCUGGAAGUCGAGAAUGAAACAUGGGAGACCGAGGUUCCGACAAAGUGGCAUCAGAAAUUCUUCCACUCGUUCCUGGGUUGAGAUGGCCUGGACCAACUGGGCAUUUUAGUACAGGCCUGUGGUCAGCUUUUUCCCUUCCGCUCCCACCGUUUACUUUAUUAUUCAAUUUUGCGCAAUACCUCCGGUUCGUUGAGAGGGGUUUUGUUAUACUACUGCACCCGAACCCUCUUGUUAAUACAUGUGGCGCAUAUAAGUGGGGGUUCAUGCAUAUAUACAUUUUUUUUGGACAGCAGUUGCCUGUCGCUGAAAAAAGAGACGGAUCUGCAUGAGCUGAUGAUGAUGGAUGAGGGUUAGGCGGGGGUAUCUUCUCUUGCUUCAGAGGGCUUUUGUCUAUAACUUUGGGUUCUUUGGUAGAGCCCUCUUGUACAGUAUAAAUGUUGGGAUGUCAGCAUUGGCACGGAGUUUGGUGAAUGGUUCUACUGCUGAACGUCUUGCUUGGGCUGGUUAUGGUCCAGCUUUCCUGGAAUCGAAAGUUUGCGCUUAAUGGCAUAUCGUUUCUUUCUUCUGUGUAA